CUGAGGGUCGGGGGUGGGGGAGGGAGGCUCCCUUAGCAGAACGAGUUGCAGGGCCAUCACGAGCCCAGCCACAUCGUGUCCUCGCAACCGCCAGCCGGUCCCCCGUGAACCUCCCAUUGGCCGCCUCCUCUGAACAGUGCAGUUUCCAUGGGAACAGUUCGGCGUUAACGGAGAACAUACCUGCCAGUAGUUCUACUAGAAUCUGCCCCAUUCUCCAGUUAAACGCCUCUCGCAGGCGUGGGCCUGGCAUCUGUUCGCAGUUCAGGGUCCCCCCCGCCCCUUUCGUGUAGCUCCUUCUCACGUUGUAAGAAACCACGCAGGGCUUAAAGGUGGGGAUGAAGGAAAAGGGGAGGGCAAUACCUAGGGAUAAGAGUGGCAGACAGGUAGGCAGAAGACACCUACUGUGAUGCUGAGGUGGCUUCUGCCAUCUCAGGCCAGUGAGAGGUCAUUUUGGAAGGCUGUUUGGAGUGAGAAGGCAGUCCAACAGUUGAGAUAGGUCCCAAGACUGGACAGGGACUGUCCCACCGGGCUCCUCAUCAUGAUGGCCGUGGAAGGGUCAACCAUUACCAGCCGGAUUAAGAAUCUGCUGCGGUCCCCAUCCAUCAAAUUACGCAGGAGUAAGGCAGGAAACAGGCGAGAGGACCUCAGCUCCAAGGUAACCUUGGAGAAGGUGUUGGGAAUAACAGUGUCUGGAGGCAGAGGACUUGCCUGUGAUCCCCGAUCAGGCUUAGUUGCCUACCCAGCUGGGUGUGUGGUUGUGCUUUUCAAUCCCCGGAAACACAAACAGCAUCACAUCCUCAACAGUUCCAGGAAAACUAUCACUGCUCUUGCCUUCUCCCCUGAUGGCAAAUACUUGGUCACUGGAGAGAGUGGGCACAUGCCUGCCGUGCGGGUUUGGGAUGUGGCUGAGCAUAGCCAAGUGGCAGAGCUGCAAGAGCAUAAGUAUGGAGUGGCUUGUGUGGCCUUCUCCCCUAGUGCCAAGUACAUUGUCUCCGUGGGCUACCAGCAUGAUAUGAUUGUCAACGUUUGGGCCUGGAAGAAAAACAUUGUGGUGGCCUCCAAUAAGGUGUCCAGUCGGGUGACAGCUGUGUCCUUCUCUGAAGAUUGCAGCUACUUUGUCACUGCAGGCAACCGACACAUCAAAUUCUGGUACCUUGAUGACAGCAAGACUUCAAAGGUAAAUGCCACUGUACCCCUGCUGGGCCGCUCAGGGUUGCUGGGGGAGCUACGGAACAACCUGUUUACUGAUGUGGCCUGUGGCCGAGGAAAGAAAGCCGACAGCACUUUCUGCAUCACAUCCUCAGGCCUGCUGUGUGAGUUCAGUGAUCGCAGGCUUUUGGACAAGUGGGUGGAGCUGAGAACCACGGUUGCCCACUGCAUCUCUGUGAGCCAAGACUACAUCUUCUGUGGCUGUGCUGAUGGUACUGUGCGUCUUUUCAACCCCUCUAACCUACACUUCCUCAGCACUUUGCCCAGACCCCAUGCCUUGGGGACAGACAUUGCCAGUAUCACUGAGGCCAGUCGCCUCUUUUCUGGAGGGGCAAAUGCUAGGUAUCCAGACACCAUUGCCUUGACCUUCGAUCCAACUAAUCAGUGGCUGUCUUGUGUAUACAAUGACCACAGCAUCUAUGUUUGGGAUGUGAGGGACCCUAAGAAAGUGGGCAAGGUGUACUCGGCUCUGUAUCAUUCCUCCUGCGUCUGGAGUGUGGAGGUGUAUCCUGAGGUGAAGGACAGUAACCAGGCCUGCCUGCCCCCCAGUUCCUUUAUUACCUGUUCCUCAGACAACACCAUCCGCCUGUGGAACACAGAGAGCUCAGGAGUACAUGGCUCCACCCUGCACAGAAACAUUCUCAGUAAUGAUCUCAUUAAGAUAAUCUAUGUGGAUGGGAACACUCAGGCCCUGCUGGACACUGAGAUGCCUGGAGGAGACAAAGCUGAUGGGUCCCUGAUGGAUCCCCGUGUGGGCAUUCGCUCUGUGUGUAUUAGCCCCAAUGGACAGCAUCUAGCUUCUGGAGACCGUAUGGGCACACUUAGGGUGCAUGAACUGCAGUCUCUGAGUGAGAUGCUGAAGGUGGAGGCACAUGACUCAGAGAUCCUGUGCCUGGAGUACUCUAAGCCAGAUACAGGUCUGAAGCUGCUAGCGUCGGCAAGCCGUGACCGGCUGAUCCAUGUACUAGAUGCUGGGCGGGAGUAUAGCCUACAGCAGACACUGGAUGAGCACUCGUCUUCCAUCACUGCUGUCAAAUUUGCAGCCAGCGAUGGGCAAGUGCGCAUGAUCAGCUGUGGAGCAGACAAGAGCAUCUACUUCCGCACUGCACAGAAGUCUGGAGAUGGAGUACACUUUACACGGACACACCAUGUGGUACGCAAGACAACCCUCUAUGACAUGGAUGUGGAGCCUAGCUGGAAGUACACGGCCAUUGGCUGCCAGGACAGAAAUAUUCGGAUCUUCAACAUCAGCAGUGGGAAGCAGAAAAAGCUGUUUAAAGGAUCACAGGGUGAGGAUGGCACUCUAAUUAAGGUGCAGACAGACCCUUCAGGGAUCUACAUUGCCACCAGUUGUUCCGACAAGAACCUCUCAAUUUUUGACUUCUCCUCAGGCGAGUGUGUGGCCACCAUGUUUGGCCAUUCAGAGAUUGUCACUGGCAUGAAAUUUAGUAAUGAUUGCAAACAUCUCAUCAGUGUUUCAGGGGACAGCUGCAUAUUUGUAUGGCGUCUGAGCUCUGAGAUGACCAUCAGCAUGAGGCAACGUCUGGCCGAGCUGCGCCAGCGUCAGCGAGGGGGCAAACAGCAAGGACCCACCUCUCCCCAAAGGGCUUCCGGACCCAACCGGCCCCAGACCCCAGUGAUGCUCUCUUCUGGACCAGCUCUCUCAUCAGACAGUGACAAGGAGGGAGAAGAUGAGGGUACUGAAGAAGAAGAACUGCCAGCUCUUCCCAUCCUUGCCAAGAGUACCAAGAAAGAGCCUGCCUCGGUCCCCAGCCCAGCCCUGUCCCGAAGCCUGUCCCAUUGGGAGAUGAGCCGAGCACAGGAGACAGUGGAAUUCCUAGACCCAGCUCCUGUAGCCAACUCAGGACCCAGAAGAAGGGGGCGUUGGGCUCAGCCAGGCGUAGAACUGAGUGUUUGCUCUAUGUUGGACCUGCGGCAGCUGGAGACCCUUACCCCAAGCCCUCAGGGCCACUGCCAGGACUCUCUGGCCAUGACUCCAUCUGGUCCUGGAAAGCAUGGUCAGAAGGCCCCUGUAACCUCACAUGCUAGCCAGAAUGAAAAAUCCCCUCAGCUUCAGGUUUCCCAACCCUGUUCCUGUCCCCACCUUAUCCGAUUGUUGUCACAAGAAGAAGGGGUCUUUGCCCAAGAUCUGGAGGCCGCACCCAGUGAAGAUGGUAUUGUCUAUCCAGAACCCAGUGACAGCCCCACCAUGGAUACCAGCAGUGAGUUCCAGGUGCAGGCUCCAACCCGAGGAACCCUAGGAAGAGUGUACCCAGGUAGCAGGGGCUCAGAAAAGCACAGCCCUGACAGUGCCUGCUCUGUGGAUUACAGCAGCAGCCGCCUUUCCAGCCCUGAGCACCCCAAUGAAGACUCCGAGAGCACGGAGCCCCUAAGUAUGGAUGGCAUCUCCUCAGACCUUGAAGAACCAGCUGAGGGUGACGAAGAAGAGGAGGAAGAGGAGGGAGGCACUGGCCCUUAUGAGCUGCAAGAAGGCAGCCCCCAUACCCCGGACCAGGAGCAGUUUCUAAAACAGCACUUUGAGACUCUGGCCAAUGGGGCUGCUCCAGGGGGCCCAGUGCGAGUACCAGAGAGGACAGAAUCUCAAAGCAUCUCUUCACGAUUCCUGUUGCAAGCACAGACUCCUCCACUCAGGGACCCAUCCUCCUCAAGCCUGGCAUUGAUGUCGAGACGCAUCCAGGUGUCACAGGUGUCUGGCGAGCAACAGAGAGGCAGUGAUGCUAACCCCCCAGGAGCACCUCCAGAGGUGGAGCCCUCCCCUGCCAACCCCAGCCCCCAUCAGGCAGCCCCUGUGCUAUUGCCACGUCGUCGUCACAACCUGGACAGCAGCUGGGCUCCCAAGAGAGUGAUCACAGCUGGCUUCUCAGCUGGACUCCAGAAAGCCCAGUCUGUGCACAGUCUGGUGCCACAGGCAAAUGAGAUGCCUUCAUCAGGCCCAUUGCUCUCACGGGACAUGGAAGUCCAGGAUGGCCGUCCAUCUUGGCCCUACUCCUACCAGAACCCUACCACCAGUUCUAUGGCCAAGAUAUCCCGCAGCGUCUCUGUUGGGGAGAACCUAGGCCUAAUGGCAGAAACUCAAGCUCCUGUCUCUAUUCGAAACUCACCACUCAGCAAACUGCCCCUUCCUAGCCGGGCUCAUCUGGUCUUGGACAUCCCCAAACCACUGCCUGAUGGUCCUACUCUGGCUACAUUCGCACCUGUAACGAAGGGCUGGGCCCCUGAUGAGGCAGAACAGGCUGGCUCCCCAGCAGGCCUAGGAAAGGCUCAUAGCACAUCUGAGCGGCGGGCCUGUUUGGGUGAGGGUACUGCUCCCAAGCCUAGGAUGCAGUGCCAGGCUCAGCCUGGGCCCAACAGACCCAGUGCCCAGCAACUGCCAGUCAGCCUCCUCCGAAGCCCUGAGAACCUGCAGCCCCCACCCCCUGAGAGGACUCCCAAUCCCAUGGAAUGUAUCAGGCCAGGCGCAGCCCUGAGCCAGAACUCAGAACUGGUGGUGAGCCUGGAGCAGUGUGAAAAACUUGUGGCAGAGCUCCGUGGGAAUGUGCACCAGGCUGUACAGCUCUACCACUCGGUGGCUGGCUGCAAGACGCCCUCAGCAGAGCAAAGUCGAAUCACUCAGCUCCUCAGAGACACCUUCUCUUCAGUACGUCAGGAGCUAGAGGCCCUGGCUGGUGCAGCAUUGUCCAGUCCAAGCGGGAGCCCUGGGGCUGUGGGAGCUGAGCAGACACAGGCCCUACUAGAGCAAUAUUCAGAGUUGUUGCUUCGAGCCGUGGAGCAGCGGAUGGAACGCAGACUCUAGCUUCAGAAGCCUGUCCCAAGUGAAUGCUUCCCCAUUCCAAACUGCAGCCCCUCUUCCACUUACCAAAACCUGUGGGGAGUGGAUAGCAGGGAUCAGUGCUCAGAGGUGAAGCAGCUUUCCCAGCUACUACUCCGGGAGCCCCUGUAUUUAUUAAUUUAUUUCCCAGACUGUUGCCUCACCUUUUUGAAACUCCAGCCUCCACAGCCGUUCUAGUGGUUCAUGGCAGGGGUAGGUCUUGGGUCUUUGUCAUCAUGGUGCUGUGAGGGCUAGGAGGGCAGCCUGCCCCAUCUGGGGGACACUGGGAAGGGCUUGCCCUCUUUUUUAGAAGCCAUUUGAAAUUACUUCAGGGAUCAGCUCCCUGGGGUGGAGCAUUCACAGGGUACUCCAUGGGGGUAGAGGUGAGAGGUAAUGUGGUAUUCAAUGCCCUUCAGUCAACUGAGGACUUUCACCUCUAUUUCCUUUCUCCUCCCACACCAGCUACACUCUCCUGGUUGCCAGAGCAGGCGUUGUUUCCCCCAGUUCCUGGCAGUUUAGGAAGGCGGACAGAGCUGCCUGGACUUCCAGAGCAUCCCCAGCCAUCAGGAAACUCAAAUUGGUAUCAGGACCUGAGCCUCCACAUUCCACUUCCAAGAGGGCCCUCAUAUUGUCUCUACCCUUGUGCCCCCCUUUCUCUCUCUGGCAGAGCUUGUGGAUCCAGCUCUGUGCCAUUGCUGCAGGACAGUAAGGUCCUCUGCUGGGCAAACAUGAAGCCCUGUCCUCCUUUCCUUAGUUCCUUAGCCUUUUCUAUCCUCCAGCCCUAGUCCUCAGCAGGCUACUGAAGCCCAAGGGUCACCAAGUUCUCCCUGCAUCCUGAGUGAUACUGUCAGAAGCCUGUGUGAAAUUUCCUUCAUGGUUUACAGGGCACUUACACACCUUCUGAGGACCUUGGCCACAGACGAAGUCUCACACAUACGUACAUGUACACAAACAGUUGGGUGCUCAUUGCUAAAGUCCUUAGAUGGCUGAUAUGUGCCUGGGUUCCUCUCAUAUUCUGCCUCAGUUUCACUACCCUAACUUGUGUGGAACUCAAAAAGGAAUGGAACACACUUCAUCCAAAUUCUGGAUUCUUCAUGUCCACAGCCUAGCUAUGUGAUGGACCAUUAGACACCUAGUAUGAGGAGCCUCCUCAAAGACAGUGCUGGGUGUACCCAUCAAGGGCUCUACAGAUACUGGAGGUUGUGGGGAGGGAGGCAGCAGGGCCAAGAGACACACAGGAAAAGUGGUAGGUGGGACAGGUAAGUGGCAGAGGUGAGGGACAGAUUAGAAUUUAAGGGGCCAUUCUUGGGUUUAGGGGAAGGAGAGGGUGUAGUAGGCCCAUGGUGUUGGACCAAGUAGUGAUGCAGUUGUUUCUGAGUAGGGGUGAAGAAUGUGUCUCUGGGCCCUCCUGCUUUUCUCUGCCCCAGGUAAAGCAGGGCAGCUUUACCACAG